GUUGGUGAGGAUGCAGGGGGAGGGCUGCUCUUACUAUGCCUCCUUCUCCGUAUUUUUGCUCUGAUGUCCAAUGGGAGGGCUGGCAGUGCAGAGUAGGCUGAAAUUGUAGGCUAGGGGUGUGCCUGGACCAGCUUGUUACUAACACACAGGAGACUUGUCUACAGAACGUGGGAGAAAGAGGGGACAGCAGCACCAACACUCAAUCACUCACAGGGACACAAAGAGCCUUUUCUGCCAGUAUGGCUUCCAAGUGCCCCAAGUGUGACAAGACUGUGUAUUUCGCCGAAAAAGUCACCUCACUGGGGAAGGACUGGCAUAAAUUUUGUCUGAAGUGUGAGCGUUGUAAUAAGACCCUUAAUCCAGGCGGCCAUGCUGAGCAUGAUGGGAAACCCUACUGCCACAAGCCAUGUUACGCCGCUUUAUAUGGACCUAAAGGAGUUAAUAUUGGAGGAGCAGGAUCUUACAUCUAUGAUAGAAAACCAAGUGAAGACAAACCCACUUCUCCUACUGAGGUGCAGCCAAAGCCAGAAGAGAGGAAAGUUAGUGGCCCUGCACCCAUCAGGAGUCUCAGCAAAGGCGCACAGGGGUCCCCACCUGCUGUCAUAACUGCUUCCAGCAUUACAACCUUCACUGGAGAACCCAACUUGUGCCCUCGCUGUGGAAAGAAAGUAUAUUUCGCUGAGAAAGUAACUUCCCUUGGUAAAGACUGGCAUCGGCCUUGCCUACGGUGUGAACGCUGCUCAAAGACCCUUACUCCUGGAAGUCAUGCUGAGCAUGAUGGACAACCCUACUGCCACAAGCCUUGCUAUGGUAUCCUUUUUGGACCAAAAGGGGUAAACACAGGUGGUGUGGGAAGCUAUAUCUACGACAAAGAGCCGGUUAACAAGGCUCAACCAUAAAAGAGAACACACACCUCCUGCAGCUUUUGGACCUUUCUUCUCGUUGCUUACGGCCUCCUCGUUAUUUGUAGACCUUACUUAACUGUCAUUUAGAGAUAUACUGUAGAUAAGCUACCUUGUUGCAGUCUGAACAAGUUACUUAUGAUGUCGGUGGAUCUUAGGAAAGCUACUGUGUUUGGAAUUAGGGGUUAGAUUAUCCUGUACCUACCAUUAAAGCCCUAGGUUUGGGUUGUCACACUUACAGGUCACCAGCUUCUGUAGAUCUGAAGUACCAUUCACAUGAAGUCGAUGCUUGUAUGGGGAUGUGGGAUCUUGAAUUCAGUGCUGGUGGGAGCUGCACUAUGACAACCCUUGCCCAGUUUGUAGCUGUAUGAAUGCAAAUUCACAUCACUCUUCAUUCACAUAUGCAUGUCUGUUCAUCUCACAAGUGAAAGUAAAUUGCAGCAGAGGAAGACCUUAAGCAAGCUUCUCCAAGCCCUUCUCUUUUAAACAACAACAACACCCACAACUUGAGUACAGGCCAAUGUCUCAUUAACUGGAUAAAUGGCCAGUCCCUGGCUGUGUUUCAUAGAAACAACUUUCCGAGCUUGUGCUUAAUAAAGAUUGGUCUGCUUUUGCUUCCUGCCAAAGAAAAAUUUAGAUGGGCUAAACUCAGAAGUUAUUGUAAGUGGAGCAACCACUGCUGCAGAUGAUUAUUAUAGAAAAAUGAUAGCUAAAGCGGGCUGCUCCCAAAUAAUUAAGCACAUUUAUGAACAUGGCAAGAUCCAUAAAAUAUGGCUACACUGAAGUUGCUUUAAUUGCAAGUGUUAGUUCAUUAGCUGUAGGAGUACGAACUUGUUGAACUCUUUACUUCCAGCUUUCUGUACAGAAAGAAGAAAGGCUGAUGGGUUCUCACCAGCUUUUUGCAACCAACAUACAAAAUUCUAGAUACUUUAGCGAAGGCCUAUGGAUACAUUGCAUACAUUUGAAUACAUAAAGGCGCAUUAUGAAAAACUUUGGGUGUAUGAUUCUAAACUGACCUUUGAAGCUGUUGGUCUUUUGUCUAAGACCUGUAAGUUCCUUCUCCUGGACAGAAUUUGCAGCAAGAAAAGAUAAUCUCAAACUCACAUGUACCCUAUGGUACAUUCCAUUAGUCUGUAUUCAAUGCCACUAAUAUUAUUAGCAGAUAUAUGUAUAUAUAUAUGUACAGUAUGCUGGUUCAACUUUUUUUAAGGGAAUCCACAGAACAAGAAUGGGUUUUAUUUACAAUUUUCCCCAUAGAUUGUGUUGGGACUUUGAAGUAUUCUUCUAUAAAAAUGCUCAUAGUUCAUGGGUUCUUCAAUGUGUUGCUAGAGUUCCCAACAAACCACUGUUCACUUUUUAUGACUUGUUAAGGUAAUAGAAUUCUCCAAGAUGUUGAAACAUUGCGUUGAAACAGGAA